AUGCCUCGCAAACCAAGGAGCGAAAAUCCCAAGGAGGGUAAGGGCAACUGGAAAACCAAGUUCACCCCACAGCAGCUGGAUCGCAAGCGGCUGGUCGACCGUGUUGGCCAGAGAAGGAAUCGAGAGCUUGUGAAGCGCAAAGUUACCGUCCUCGAAGAGCGACUGCGACAGGCGGUCCGGGGAGACCACAAUGUCUUAUUCCAGAAUCUUGUCGAAGAAAACUCGAACCUGAGAUCAACUUUGGACAAAUUUGAGACCAAGAUGGAGACUAUCCUCCUGUUCACCCAGGAAUGUUUGGGCAUGGCCAACACGGCCUCAACCUCAGCAAAUAACAGACGGACUUGUUCAAGUCCACAUGAUGCGCCAUCAGAGCCAGCUGCUGAAGUGGAACAAGUGGCCACCCCUCCGUCCUCUGACGAAGACACCAAUGAUAGAGCGUACGACCGCAUUGCAUACGACAACUCUCUUCCCUUUCUCAGCUCUACCAUGUUCCAAGGCACCUCCCUUCAUCAUCGGGAAAAUAUCCCCGUGCCUGCUCUCGAAGUGUCACCCGAGCAGAUUGUUGAGCAAGUCUCCAAUUGGAAACUUCUCAACCAGCACGGCCUAGGUUUCGACUUCCUAAUUCGCAGCUGUGCCUUAGAUAAGGAGCCGGUAUUUUUGACCACGGCUUCUGUGCGUCAAAUCAUUCAGUCCAAAACCUUCUACGAGGACAUUCUUGACCGGCUCACGCCGCGGAUUAAGCCGGCUUCGCCACCAAUCGAGACAAGCGAAGAGAGUCCUCCGCCGCAACUCUCAGAGAUGGAAUGUCAAAGACGUGCAGUAGCGCUUUGUGCCUGCGAAAUUGUCAGCAGAUGGAGAUUGCUUUUUAGGACUCGGAUCGAAUGCGUUUCACAAUUCUGGGCCUUGUACAGAUUCUACAUGUUUCUCGUCUUUCCGUGCUACGAAAACCUGAUCAAAAUGCCGCCUUGGCUAUGGCCGACCAAAGCCCAGCUUUCUCAAGAGCAUCCAGGUUUCAUUGAUUGCCUAAUCUGGCCAAGCCUGCGAGAAAAGCUCAUCAAUUCGUGGCAGAACUACAACGUCAAAGGCCUUUCCAUCCAACUUGUUCGACAUUUCCAGAUUCAGAAUAUUGACAAACAAAUCAUCGACAUUCCUCUGUCCGUGAGCUCUAACCCACCGGGGUUUGUUCUCGAUCCCAACUUUGAAGUCGUCAUGUACGACCUGAAAAACUGGACUAUCGGUGUCGGGUUCCUCUCUCAGUAUCCAGACCUUCAACUGAGUCCAACUGCCAAUACCAACGACAAUCUUAACUGCUUACCGAUCGAAGCCCCAAUCAUCACACCAAGAAUCUUUGAAAUCCCCUCGUUACCGGCUGCGUUUGGAACUCCCAAACCCCGGCGACAGGCUAUGGGACAAGGGUCCGGUCAAUCACCGCCAAAGGACGAUCCUCAUGGCCAGAGUCAGGAUGCUAACUCCCCGGGGCUACAGGCCUCCGUACCAGCCACCGAGCGGACCCAGAACAAAGCAGGAGAAAAGGAUAUCGAUACGCCGAGCGGGCCCUACUCCCAAGAAGACUUUGCCGCAUUGGACCAUGAUGGAAUAUUCGACCCGUAUUUCGAUCCAUCCAAUCUCAUGCAGGAAUUUUUCGAGUUUACUUCUGCCGCUACUCCCGGAAAGCAUCGAUAUGUAUGA